CUGAUUAUUGUGCUUGGACUGAAGGGCAUAACCUGAACAGAAAGCAUGGAUCCAGUUAGUGUUGAGAGGACCAAUGUGAUAAAGUCUGCCGGAACGCAACCGUAAUAUACAAUCGCUUCUAGAUGCUACAUUGGAGACGAUAGUUUUUCAAAGGAUAACAACUAACAAUUUUCCUUUUGGACGUCCAAAUCUGCUUAGAUGGUUGUCAACUCUGCCAAGGAGUCUCGCAGAUUACAUCCAACUAUGAACCAGCAAGUCCAGAUAGCCCCAACUGGCCUGUGUUCCAUCACGAAGAACUCGGUGCCACUCAGAAUCAUUAACCAAGGACCGGAGUAUUUCAGACAGCAGCUGUUCCCAAAAGAAGUCUCAGAUUUGCAUCGACCAAGAAGAAAGAGUGCAGUGGAGCUGCUAGCCGAGAGCAAACCAAACUAUGUGAAAUCAGCAAGUGUACUCUGUCAUAACCAGCAGCUAAGGGGGACGACCAGGGCACAGAAUACUGCUGGAAUCAGAAAAAAGAGACUUAUCAUCGCCGAACGGAGAAUGUCCGCUCCUGGACUCCUUGACAAGGUCACGGACAAUGAACAACCUAUCAAAAGCCACAUCAAAAGCAAUCGCAUCAACGAAUAUAACAAACCGACAUUCCUACGACCGGGUAUAAUCAGUCAGACCAUGAACAAUAUGAGAAAGUCUGGCGAUGACAAUGACAUCGUAAUGGAGAACGACGAGAGACAGUUAAGUGCCCGGUGCCCAUCGUCAGAAUAUCUGGAUAAUUGUUCCAUGGAUGUUGAUGUUACAACUUUAGACAAUCGGUUAGAUUGGCGAGAUGAAAGGAUAUGUUCAGUUUCGGAUGAUGACAGUAUCCACGGUAACCAUUCUGGUAGCCAUGAUCUCGAAGAUGAGGCAGAGGCACAGGUGGUCAAACCGAGGAUCGUCCAACGAUCGAAAUCUGAUAGCCACCGGUUCUCUAAGACUAGUUCAGACUUUUCGGAUUUUGAGAAAAUUUCUGGUAACAGUGCGGAUUUGGAGAAGUUUUUCAACGAAAUGGGAAUAGAGAAAGCAGUUCUUGACCCUAUGAUUAAAGCAAGCGUUCGAAAAGAUGAACUAUCACCACAGGUGUUCGAGAGUUUGAGCUCUGCUGAUUCGCCAGAUGGGAGGAGCGGUUGUAGUCGAGGCUCAAAGAAACAGGAGGAAGGAUUAGCAAUGCCGGAUCGUACCGGUGGUAUCCCGCAGACAUCGAUUGUGGAACGAAAUGCUCGGAUAAUCAAAUGGUUGUGCAAUGUAAAGAAGGCACGGUGCAAGAGUACGUCAGAUUGAUGGCGAAGUUUACAAUCUUACAAUCUGCUUCAUAGGUGCUUCAAAGCCUCUCCAUAAGAUGUUGCAUGUACUGCUUGAGUGGGUUGUCGAUUUCCACGCAAUUCAUUGAUGCUAAAGAACCACGGAUUCGUUCUCCCAAUAUCGUAGAUGUAUCAAGGAUGUAUCUAACCGAACAGUAGUGAUAUUGAAAUUAACUACUUAGUCAAACCCAAAUAUAAUGGACCCGGUCGCAAGGAAUAUCUGCUAAACGUGCUUUGCUUUUUCCUAUUUGACUGUUGUAAUAACAAAAUCUGAAUAUAAGGAGAAAAAGCACCAGUCGCCAGACAUUGGUUAUAAGCAGGUUUGACAGCACCAAACCAGGCUGUACACCUGCUUGAUAAUCUGUUAAAAGACUGUGAUUCUGCCAAGUUAGAAGAGCUCAUGAUUAGGCAAUCUUACCACAUCUUUUGAUAACCCACGUGCAUGAAUGUGAUUGUCCACUGUUCUUUGUAUUCAAAAUUAUCUAUGUAUAAGCUAUAAUUCUUACAUGUAUAAUGAUUACUAAUGAUGAUUACAGAUGAAUGAACUGGUAAACUGUAAGUGAUAAGACUACACCAGCAAACAGGGUCAAAAGCUCACUUUCGAUAUCUCAGAACGUAGGUCAUAUAAGAAGGGCUAUGCCUUUUUCAGUGUGAAGCCGAAGGUACAUAAAAUCGAAACCAUUUCCAUUGAUUUCCAAGAACCUCCUUCUCUUCUUACAGGAGGAAACAUGGUCUACAGUAUUUCUAAUGGCCCGGCAUUUCACUCGCUGCUCAUUUGCAAAGCAGAAAAAAUAUCUUGACAAUUUAUUUGUAAAAAAAAGAUUAUAUCUAAAAGAGGCUUAUAUCUUUUCAUGUGCCAUAUGAUCUGUGAUCAAAAUUGAUCUAAUAAAAGCUGCAAGAUUGUGGAUCAAAGACGAUAACCUUUCUGGAAUCACAAAAAUCCAUCAGUUUAAUGGAGGCAAUGCCCCAGCACUUGGCAAGACGCCAGUUCACACUGGCAGUAUUUGGGGCUCAUAAUAGUCUAUAUAUGUACAUGACUGGGUAACCAUGGUAACGUUAGGUGCCCGUAGAAGAAGCAUUUCUGACAUGUUAAAAGGCAGGUGUAGGAAGACAAGGGGAGCAUUAAGUUUUGUCCUCCUCAGGAGGAAAAUAUUUAUUUCAAAGCCCAUUAGAACACCAUGCCUAUUCAAGAUCUUACACCCUGAAAGAGAACGACUGAAUCAAGAAAUGUGUUGGUGUGCAAAGUUUAGUUAAUAUCAAUUGUAUGGUUGCAAACGAUUAGGCUGUGAAUCUCAGGCUGUGAAUCAUCAGUUAGGCCUAUCAAUAAUUGUCACUUGCUGACUGAUAAGGCAUGUGAGUUCUUUUUUGCUAACAAGCUAUCUAUAAGCAAAGGUAGCACUUUUUUUUCUCAGUCAUUUUUUUAGUUUAGCAUUGUGCACAAAGUGUAGUGUGCACUUGACUUGUAAUCUUUCAACAUAGGCAGAAAUGAUGUUCUAGAAUCGAUAGUUGUUUCAACUUCUGAACACAACAUACAUUGUAUUGAACACUGUCUGGAAGUGUUUAGUAUUUAAUUGGAGGUAUCAUAAUCUACAUGCAGCAUAUGGUGUCAUUUUAAAAGGCAGAGUAAUGUACAGAGGAUGGAGUAGUUUCCUUAAAAUGAAAUGUCCUCACAUUGUGCUCACCUGGGAAUCAUUUAAUGGUAGAUGAAAUGAGACAUGGAGGUUAAAUUAACUUUUUUUAAAGACAAAUGUGGCACUUUUAAGAGUUUGACCUCUGUGAGGUUUCAACUUUCUAGACUCAACAGUGAGCAAACGUGCCACCAUUGUUGACGGACGACGGACGACAGACGACGGACACGGACGGCAGACGACAGACAACGGACGACUGUGAACGGACGACAGACAGACAGACGGACAACGGACCAGACAUGAUGACGCAAGCUCACCUAGGUGAGCUAAAAAUGUUAGAUUUCCUGAGUGGAUAUAUUUGGACUUUAAUAGAAGAUGGCCUUUUUCAAUGAAUUUGAUUUCUAACUUCAAAUUCUAAAGUCAAUGUGACCCAAAACCUGGGACACGGUGAACAUGAUGAGUUUGGCUUGCAUUUGUUUCUAUGCCAUCUCUGUCCAAUCUUUUAGAUUUUAACACAAAGAUUAGUCUCAAACAUGUCAAAUAGGUUUCCUCCUCGUGUGGACAUAAUCUGUACUCAGCUUUGAUGAAUUGUAGAUAAUCAUCAAUGAUAUUGUAAUGUUGUGUUGUCAUUUCAGGAACAGUAACAGUUACCACGAGGAUUACUGAUCAGCUAGUGUACCUCGACAGAUCAUUUCCCACGCAGAGAAUUAUUUACAACUUUUAUGUACGAUGCUAGUGUGCACCUUUGUGUACUUUGUUGUUUUAUGGUUUAAAAAAUGACGAACUGUGUGAUUCACAUGCUUUGAUGUGAAUGAUGUGGCAUUCUUUGGGGAUAUCCCUUCAACUGGGUUAACUAGGUUUAGAAUUGACUUUUAUGUUCAGAAAUUUGCCCUGAUUUUAUUGCUAACGGGGACUCUAUUUCACUUCAGUAAAUGCUAAUAAUCCAUGAGAAUACUAAAUGAAAUCAACUUA